AUGGGAUAUGCAGGUGCUGUCCCAAGAAUAAGCAGGAAAUCGGUAAAUAGUCACCUCAUAUCACCGCUCACAACACGUCAAGCCUUCCACGCUACUCCGCGGAACCCCAAGCCCAUCCUCGAGCCGCGUCUAGAGGAUCAUGGCCGAGUUAUCCGCGACGAAUACUCCGUGCUUCGAGACAACUAUGCUGCCCCUAAACACCCCGUCGUCCUUGCUCAUGGCCUCCUCGGCUUCGAUGAACUGCGCCUAGCUGGUCGGUUCCUCCCCAGCGUGCAAUAUUGGCGUGGAAUUAGAGAGGCACUUUCAACGCGAGGUGUCGAAGUGAUUACAGCAUCUGUGCCUGCAUCGGCGACGAUAGAGGAGCGCGCAGAGGAAUUGGCGCGUGAUAUUGAAAUCGGGGCGCGGGGCAGAGAUGUCAAUAUCAUUGCACAUAGCAUGAGGACUAGUGGUCUUGAUUCCCGAUACAUGAUCAGCAGACUCCGUCCACAGUUUAAGGUGUUGUCGUUGACCACCAUUGCAACUCCCCAUCGAGGGUCGUCCGUGGCGGAUUACGUCUUGGACCAGAUUGGAGCCGACCGUCUACCUCAAAUCUACUACACGCUCAACCGGAUGAAGGUCGAAACAGGUGCAUUCUCCCAACUAACCAGGAAAUACAUGUCCGAGACCUUCAAUCCCAACACACCCGAUGUGGACGACGUUCGAUACUUUUCUUACGGUGCAACAGUGCAGCCAAGUAUCUGGUCUCUCUUCCGGCUCUCCCACAAAAUCCUAGCCCAGAUGGAGGGCCCCAAUGAUGGCUUGGUCAGCGUGGCGAGUAGUCGAUGGGGAGGUGACGAGGGUUACAAGGGGACGCUUAUGGGUGUCAGUCAUCUUGAUCUGAUUAAUUGGACAAAUCGGUUGAAAUGGAUGGCCGGGGAUUUGAUGGGGCAUCCGCGCAAGUUUAACGCUAUUGCGUUUUAUUUGGAUAUUGCAGAUAUGUUGUCGAAGGAGGGUCUUUGA